UGGAGAGCUCCUGUCUUUCCAACGGCAGACACGCAGCGCUCCUUAAGACUCCAGAUGCCUUUACAGAAUACGCGCCGCUGUUUUCUGUGCGAGUUGCCUCUCCUGUCUUAAAUCGAUCGUUGUGUUAUCGAAAACCAGAAGAUUAUGGGGAUCGCGUAUUAUGCGGGAACACGUGGAAAGCUUAUGAGACGAGCGGCUGCGCGCCCGUCCUCAUUGUGAUGGAGGAGCGCGGUGGUGCAUCGCUGGGGAUGAGUGAGAGGUGCGGAGGAGAUAAUCAACGAAGACACUGAGAGCUGUGCGUUUGGACAAGGUCAUCGGAGCCCAGCCUUGGCAGGAUUAUGUCCAUGUGGAGGCGGCAAGGGCGGACUUUUAUGCUUCCUCUCCGGGGACGAGGUUGCCUGGGGUGUCCCCUGAAAACCAAGAGUUUCUCUCCUUGCGUUGGCUCACAGAGGCGGCGAAGAGCCCAUCUAUUGGUGGCUGAGCUGUAUUUUUGACUAUCUGCGUGUCUUGGAGAUAAAAGUUUCCCCGCUCUGCUCGACGGGUGGGUGCUCUAUUCUCCCACCGACUCUUCUAUUGAACGCAGCUGAAGCCAGUUAAGGUGAUUUAGUGGGUGCUGGUUAAAGGGGCAGCGGCGGCGGGUGGGUUGAAUUCCACCAGAGAAACAGCAAGAAAAGAAAAGAAAAGAAAAAAGACAAAAUAAAGAUUUAUUUUUUAAAAAGCGGCGGCCAGCUGUGUUUCUGGACUACCACAUCUGCCGUUGUUGUCGCCGCUGUCCAUGGUGCUGAACUCGGGCUCCAGGAAUGGUGGAGACGCUGAGUAUCGCAGUGAUCGGUGCUCCCGGAGUGGGGAAAACUUCUAUAAUCCGCCAGUUCAUCUAUAACGACUUCUCGGAGGUGUACACGCCGACCAGGACCAGAUAUGUGUACAGACCCUCCGUCAUACUGAACGGGAACAUGUACGAGCUGAAGAUUUUGGACGUCCCGCCGAUCUCCUCUUUUCCAUCAAGCUCCAGUCAGGAAUGGCUGGAUUUGCGCUGCAGAGGUGUUCGUAAUGCCAACGCAUACAUCCUGGUGUAUGACAUCUGCUGCGUGGAGAGCUUUGAAUACGUCAAAAUGAUCCGACAGCAGAUAGUAGAGAACAGGGAAGGUAGCAGCAGCGAGGUGCCAAUCCUGGUGGUGGGUAACAAGAGAGAUCUGCAGCGUCAGCGCUUCAUGCCUCGCAGGGCCGUGUCGGUUCUGGUGAAGAAGACAUGGAAGUGCGGUUAUGUGGAGUGCUCUGCCAAGUUUAACUGGCACGUAGUCCUGCUCUUCAAGGAGCUGCUGGGGAUUGCUGUGGCACGGGGGAUGCGCCAGAACCACACCUCCAUUCGUUUGCAGGGGGCGCUACAGAGGAAUCGCUGCACCAUCAUGUGACCCUCAGAGCUCCCUCCACCCCUGCCAACUCAGGAGUGGAGCGGCAGCAGAGAGAAGGACUUUCUAUCAAAAUGGCUGGGAAAAAUAACCCCGUGGCCUCCUGCUUUACUGAGCUGAUUUUUCUUAAUGAGGUUUAUUAGAUUCGUGCGCUGUAAAAGACACUCAAAUUACACACAUGGUCAUCCAACCACUUCCUAGUCAACUGUGUAGAAACAAGGAAGGAAAUGGGAAAAAGAAAGCAGGUGACAAACAAUACAAAAAGCAUAGCACAGAUAUGUUUCUCACAUCACAGGUCAACAUUUCAGGCUGCGCUUCCCAAUAUGAAAGGUCUGUCGCUGGACCUGACAGGGCAGAAGCUGUGUUUGUGAGAGUCAAAGCGGACAGGCAGCAAUAUCAUCCAGUCUUCCUUUUGGAUUUGCCACACUCUGUAAGGUCAAAAGCAGAAGCUCACAUCUAACAUCACUGGAUUUAUUGGGAUUUGUGCAUGAGACCGACAGGCAAAAAGAUGGAAACGAUAAAAAGUGAGAGCGCUCAUUUUCUGUGCCAGUUAUCUCAAAAAGUACAUAGAUAGAUAUGGUUAGGUGGUGUUUAAUUUUAGAUUCUGAGAAGUAGCCUGCAUUUUUGUUCUCUGCCCCAUCCUCUAUUAGAAUCUUGGCCGACAGUAAAAGCUGCUUGUUCACAGAAAGGCUGUUUUAAGGUUGUCUUGCAGCAGAAAAUGCUGCAGUUCCUUAUCAUGUACUGUAGGACUUUAAUCUGCUCCCUCCCCUCACUCAGUGUCUGUUUCUGAUGAAUACAUUAAAUCCAGGGAACGGGGAACCAGCAGGAGGCUCCGGAGCCUGAAACAAGAACCUGUGUGUGUGUGUGUGUGUGUGUGUGUGUGUGUGUGUG